UAUCUUUGGCACACUGUACAAACAGAUGGGCCAGAGAACACCCUAGAAAGCUCAGAUUCAUUUGUACUUCUUUACAGAGACCCCUAAGAGUGAAAUUAUCAAAAGCAGUUGGGAAUUCAUCAGAUAGACGGCACGAUCUGUCACAACAAUUUACUUUUAGUCCUGAUAUCUCAACAUAAAUCUGUGCUGCUGUCAUGGCUUUCCUCACUAACGUCACCAUCCUGCUGGUCCUGGCUUGUAUUUCUCACCAGCUGAUAUUGGGCAGCUGUCAAAAGAGCCACGGACGGAAGGGACGAAGGGUUGACAGAGGAUAUGACAGAGACCGAUCAGGGCUGAAGGGAGGCCGCCAACCCAAAUCUGUCUCUGUGCAGCCGAUAAAGGGCAAACUGACCACCAAAGACAAGUCAGAGUGCACUUGGGCUGCAACUGGCGACGAUCUCUUCAUACUCGGUGUCAUCUGCAAUAAGGGGGACAGGAGCUUCAGUUGUGAGUAUGUCGCCCGGCCAUCUGUUUGUCCACAAUAUGUCUCCAAUGUUAAACUUUACUGGAAGCAAAUCUCAAGAGCACUUAAGAAGCAAAGGACUUUGUGCCAAGACAGCAGUGCAUUGGUAAAAGCCGGUAUGUGCAGAAAGGCUGCAAUAGAUGCUCACUUCAAACUCCAUAAAGCACAGACAAAGACUGUCCCUCAUUUCACUCCACUAGCUGCAGCCAAAGCUGUCAAAUCCUGUCAACCUGGGAACAAGAAGCUGGCAGAAGAAUACUGCAGUGACUCCUGGUCAAAUGUUUGCACGUUCCUGUUUACUAUGAUCAAAGAUUAUGAUUGCUGAAGGAGAAAAAAGCUAAGAACUAUGGUAAAUGUAUCACUUUAUAUUCACAUUAAUCCUUACCUUUUACUUGACUAAUUAUGCAGGCUUACUUUAUUUACUCAUGGCUCAUGUUGUAUUUUUCUAGUAUUUGUACAAACUCUGAGACUGUUAAUUUUCAUGUCAAUAAAUGUCUUUCUUUCAAUUAUU